AUGACUCGACCCAAAACACGAAUCCUUCAAGCUCUCCAUCGCAACCCACGCAACCACAGGGUGAAGAGACAAAAGAACCAAGCCAUCUUCCUGUUGCUAAACGGGUAUGUGAACCUUCAGGCAAACCCAAAUCCCAGCAAAUGUUUAGGUGUAUUUGGCCUCAGCUUGGAGACCACAGAGCAAGACCUGAGAGCCUUCUUUUCCUAUUACGGUCCUCUAACCGGUGUCACCCUGGUCCUCCACCAACGCUCUGGUCGCUCGCGGGGCUACGCUUUUGUUAACUUUGUGAAAAUCGAGGAUUCCAAGAGGGCAAUGGAGCAAGCCAAUGGUAUGGAGUUAGACGGGAUGCCAAUUAGACUCGAUUACUCCAUCACUAAGCGGGCUCACUCCCCCACACCUGGAGUCUACAAGGGAAAACAACCCAUAGAAGAAGAAGACGUGAGAGGGUACUGGAGAGCACGGGCUUCAUACCACAACAGAGGCUACGACCGAGGCCACGACCGCGGCUACGACCGAUACCACGACCGCGGCUACGACCGAUACCACGACCGCGGCUACGACCGAUACCACGAUCGGUACUACGACCGUGGCUUCGACAGGGGCUACGAUAGACGCUACGACCGAUAUGACCGAUAUGACGAUUACGAUCGCUGGGCCAGUCGCAGACACUCCCCUUCGCCGGACUAUGGUCGAAUCAGACCUCUCUUACGCUUCAGCCCAAGGCGCUGA